UCUAAAUGGCCUAAUCUAGAAGCUGUUCUCUCUGAGGUGAUCUUGAUAUUCCACUUGAUGACACUGACAGGCAAUCUAUUCAUCAUCAUCGUGUCAUACCUAGAUUCCCACCUGCACACCUCUAUGUACUUCUUCCUUUCAAAUCUCUCUGCUCUGGAUGUCUGCUACACCAAAAGCUCUGUCCCUCAGCUGCUGUUGGGUCCAGAGAAAACAACAUCUUAUACUGGAUGCAUGCUGCAACUCUACUUUUUCCUUGCACUGGGUACCACAGAGGGUGUUCUAUUGGUGGUGAUGUCCUUUGACUACUAUGCAGCUGUAUGCAACCACGUGCAUUACUCUGACUUCAUAAAUCCUCAUUUCUGCCACCUGCUGGCUGCAGGAUCCUGCGUAAGGGGCUUUACCAUAUCAGCACUUCAUUCCUCCUUUACCUUCUGGGUACCUCUGUGUGGACAUCUCCAAGUGGACCACUUCUUCUGUGAAGUGCCAGCACUGUUGAGCCUAUCCUGUGUUGAUAUCAGUGCAAAAAAGCUGACCCUCAUGGUCAUGAAUGCCAUUUUUGUUGUUAUACCAUUUAUUCUCAUUUUAAGCUUUUAUGGUGCCAUAGCAUGCACUGCUCUAAGAAUGCAAUCA